AUGUGUUUGCAGGCAUCAACGAUCCUCGGACAUGUCCUGCGAUUGCUGCUGCAUUGUUUUGGCUUCACUCAGCUCCCUUUUCGAAAACUCUGCCUAGCUCUUUUCCAAACCAUGUGGGACGUUUUUGAGACCCGGGCGGGUGCCGAUGCAGUGGAAGCGGGACAUGCACGGACCAGCGGCCAGAGAAGAAGCGUGUGGGCAUGGGUACGGACAUUGAUGAUGGUACGACUUGUAGUACGGCUUGUACUGGCAGUGGGCACCUUGCUGUUGACAUUAGAUGUUGGACACUGGCUGGAGCUGCCCAUUCAAUGUAGCUACAAUGUGGGGUGCUACUACAAGGUUUUCGAAAAAGUGGUGGUUAAGAGUUUGGGUGAGAACGCCUUCGUCCCUACGUCCGAGUGCCUCAUGCAACUAUGGCGGCAUGCAGUGAAGGACACUCAAGCCAGAGAGACCUACUUUUUAGCAGUUUGCUCCCUGAAUUGGACCUGCUGGCAAGAUGUUUGCCCCAGUCUUUCCCAUGCCAGCUGGCACACAUGGCCAUCAGUCGUAUCUUGCCUGACAUAUGGCAAAGAAGAGGAUCACUGUGGGGCUGCGUACGUACCUCUGACUGUGGCAGAUGUGCAGAGUACCUGCUGGAUGCCUUCUGGCUUGGAUCCCCCCACCACCGAGGAGUUCAAAAUAAAAUUGAAAUCAGGCAGCGGCGCAAAGGGUUUUCGGAGCAAUCUCCACCAGCGACACUGCGGUUUGGAUCCCAGCAAGAGAGAGCACGUCGAGGCCUUUUUGGCGAAAGAAGUGCAACAAAUUGAUGAGGAUAAGGACGGGCACAUCACCGCACAAGAGUGCAAGGCGUAUGUGGGCCAGUAUGUUGCUGAAGAAGACAGAGCUGUUCUGUUGGGUGGUUCACGCGGGUUACCGCGAGAACUGUGCAACGCUUUCACUCGCUUUGGGUCUUUCGAACCUGAGCAGGCUGCUGACACCUGCAACUUUGGCUUUGAUGCCCCUUCUCCUCCGUCUCAUCAACAUGGCGCGUGGACACUUGUGGACAUGCUCAGUGCCAGUCAAGAGAAGCGCACAGAUCUGCUUCAGAACCUUUUGCAGAUCCUGGAGUCCGACUCGGAUGUCGAAGGGAACAUGCAGGUGUCGUAUCGAAAUCGGAUUGUUUUUAUCCUCGUAUUGCAGCAGGGAAGCGUCGGAAGAGAGGAUGAGGCAGCAAUGAGGACCAUCACUCAAAGAUUUUUCACUUUUGGUGUGAUUUUGGUGGGUGGCACCAAUCUUGAUGCUGCUGCCAAAACAGCUCUUGAAAGAGAGAUUAACCAAGUCAGCGAACGCAGUCACAUCUACUGGUUUGCCUCUGACGACGAUGAUGGUUUGUGGGAUUACAUGAAAUCACUGCCACAUGUUGACGCGGGCGACACCCUGCAGUGGCAGAGAAAAGAGACGGGUCAGAUGAAGGAAGAUAUCAAACAACUUCAAAGAGAGAUGGGUCAGAUGAAGGACGAUCCCAAACAACUUCAAAGAGAGAUGGGUCAGAUGAAGGAAGAUCUCAGACAACUUCAAAAAGAGAUGGGUCAGAUGAAGGAAGAUCUCGAGCAACUUCAAGCUGUUGUGCGAAGACUUCGUAUAGAAAUUGUUGGUUUGAAGACCGUUUGA